CAUGUGAAUGUGUAAACAUGGCGACGUCUGUAACAUCUAACCCGUCUACUUUGCUUCCUUUGGAACUUGUGGAUAAGUGUAUUGGUUCACGAAUCCACAUCAUUAUGAAGAAUGAUAAGGAAAUUGUUGGAACAUUGUUGGGUUUUGAUGAUUUUGUGAAUAUGCUACUGGAAGAUGUCACAGAGUAUGAGUCUACCCCAGAAGGCAGAAGAAUUACCAAGCUUGAUCAGAUUCUGCUCAAUGGGAAUAACAUUACAAUGCUUGUACCUGGAGGAGAUAUGCCCGAUGCAUGAAGACUUCUUUCAUAUUGACUUUUGUACAAAUGUAAAAGACUUAUAAAAUUUAUUAACACCUUUUGUAAUAAAACAAAUAUGAAAAGCACUA